AUGAAUAGCAAAUUAGGAACCAGAGAUUUAGCUAUAAUAUAUCGGGUAUAUUACAAGCUAAUGAAAACCACUAUUGCCCCAAAGGCAAUUAACUCUAGUCCCAAAGGCGUUACUAUGCUUGUGGAAUCUAACCAAGAGCAUAGCACUACUUUUGUGCCCAGAAUGUUAAAGUGGAAUGAUGUUCUUUCCGAUGAAAGUUUGAAAUUUGAAUCUAUCACCGAACCCCUUCCUGGUCAGCCUUCUACGUCUUCCCUAGAAAGUAUUCUUCAAUUUACUGAUGGAUCUGUUAACCUUAAGUUUCUUAGAUCCAAUUCUUUCGGCCAUGAUUCUUCUAGUAGAAGAAUUCUAUGGCUAGACCUUCUACUUCAAGGACCCGAGAGGCAGGAGAAUCUUGUCACUUGGGCGAGACCAAUACUUAGAGACAAGGAUCGUUUGGAAGAAGUUGCUCAUCCAAGACUUGAGGGGAAGUACCCAAAGGAGGAUUUUGUGGGGGUUCGCACAAUUGCAGCGGCUUGUGUUGCUCCGGAAGCUAGCCAAAGGCCUACAAUGGGAGAAGUGGUUCAAUCGCUCAAAAUGGUUCAGCGAGUAACAGAGUACCAGGAUACUACUACUAUAAAUUCAGGUGCUCGACCUAACUUAAGAUAG